AUGCCAUCAUACGCUAUCACAGGCGCAGCCCGGGGAAUUGGCUUCGAAUACGUCAAUCAACUCUCUGCUGACUCUGGCAACACCGUUUUCGCCCUUGUACGCAAUAAAGCUACUGCGACCAAGCUCGAGGAGCUGGGAAGGCAUAAUGUUCACAUCAUCGAGGCCGAUAUCACUGAUACCAAGGCUUUGAAGGACGCUGCUGCAGAGGUUUCUUCGCGCACAGGAAGCUCGCUUGAUUAUCUGAUCAACAACGCUGCCUUCGUAGAGCCAGAAAGAGAUGGAUUGACUCUUGAUUCGUAUUCCUCAGCAGAGUUGCUCACCAAGGAUCUCCUCGAUUCGUUCAAUAUCAAUGUCAUCGCUAUCAUCCACACAAUCAACAUCUUCCUCCCGCUACUUAAGAAUGGGAAGGCAAAGACGGUCGUCACCCUCAGUAGCGGAUUGGGAGACCUCGAUAUGACGAUGGUCGCCGAAUUCGCCAACUCUGCACCGUAUUCCAUCUCGAAAGCUGCUGUUAACAUGGUGAAUGCCAAGUAUGCUACUCAAUACAAGCCAGAGGGCUUCGUCUUCUUGGCACUGAGCCCAGGACUUGUAGACACUAGCACCAGGGCCCCCACUGAAAAAGAACUGGAACAGUUCAAGGCGAUGCUUGGAAAUUUCAGAAACGUCGCCCCCGAUUUCACGGGGCCAAUUACGCCAGAGACCUCUGUCCGAAUGCAGCUUGAGGUCAUCAAUCGACUCACUGUCAAUGACACUGGCGCGUUCAUCUCACAUAAAGGAAACAAGGAGUGGUUGUAG